AUGGGCCCCUGUACCGCCUCCUCAUGCUGCUGCCAGGCCCGUAAUCUGCCAUGGGCCCCCGUACCGACUCCUCAUGCUGCUGCCAGGCCCGUAAUCUGUCAUGGGCCCCUGUACCGCCUCCUCAUGCUGCUGCCAGGUCCAGAGUGUGUCAUGGGUCCCUGUACGGCCUCCCAUUGCUGCUGUCUCCAUCGCCACACUCUGCCAUGUGCCACUUUCAGGUCUCCUCACACUGGUGGGUUCCAUUUUUUCAUAGGGUGCUGUAUGGCCUCCCAUUGCUGCUGCCUCCACCGCCACACUGUGGCUCCACACUCUGGUUUUGGCCCCGUGACUGCCCAAAUGAGUGAAGUGUGCAGUGAUUCUAAGAUCGACGGCACUCAUCUGCAUGUCAUACUGACUGACAGUAUUAUUUCUCUUCCCCAGCAGACUCCAAGGGCAUUUAAAUUAAAGGUACAGUGUUCUGCACUAAUAUAA